GUUCACAACAACUAUUUUUCAAAUAUUCAGUUUUGUAGAUAUUUUGAAUUUUUUUAGUGCUUUUCAAAUUUUAGGUUUUCGGUUGUGCUACUUUUCGAACAAAGCAAAAUGGUUUAUGUGUAUGUGCUGUCUAGCUUAAAGCUGUCCAAGCCAAUUGUCUUCGAAAUGCAAUACAAUGGGACGAUUAUGGCAGUAAAACAGUAUCUGGAGCCCAUAGUGGCAAUUCCUAUGUCUCAGAUGGAUAUUCAGAUGGGUAACCAAAGAUUGUUUGAUGACGUCGGUAUUCCCACCAUUUUGCGAAUAAUGGCCAACGAUCCCUCAAUAUCAGCAUUGUCCCUAUUGAACGGAAACGCAUUCGUGGCUUUCCUGAGGUUCGAUAUAAAUGGCGACGGACAAGUUGGUUUGAACAUGGACAAGAUGACCCAUUUCAGUGGAUCUCGGGAUUCAUUUGCUUUGUUGGCAUCCUCCAGUUCGAACGUUCUUUUCCGAGGGCGAAUAGCCGGUGCUUCUGAUGCGCAGAGCACGAAGAUCCUAAGACUAGUGGAGAGCUCGACGGAUCCGCUGAAAAGAACGAUUUCGAUAAAGCAGCUCCAGGAUCAAUUGAAAUCCAAUUUAGCAACGGGCAGCUGCAAGAUGGAGCCGAGCUCUAUCACGACCUCAGAGGAGGAUGUUGAGGAUCAGAGCACAAGCGGAAUCUCCCGAGGCAAUCCAGAGUGCAAGGACAAGCAGAGGGAUUGCUGCCGGCAGCACAAGUGCGGCAAGCCGGAUAACCGACCGCCCUAUGCCAAGACCAUGCCCGAAAACCGGCGCUAUGGAGUGGUCAUCAGCAAUAUGGAUAGGUGCGAGGAUGUGGACCAAAACGCACUGAUUGAGCAGAUAGGUCGACUAAUGGAAGAAGGUGAUUCGAGUGGUCUGAAAUUCAGUGACUGCACCUCAAUGGCAUCAUUCGAUUCGAGUGUCCUUAUAGUCUGCGAGGACGACGAUACCGCGGAUUGGGUGAUCAGCGUCGUCGAGAGCAUGUGUCCCCCCCAUGCGGCACAGACAUUCAUCAACUUCUUCGAUCUUAUACGGUGCUCCUUCGUGUUGCCAUUGGUCAUUCCGGGAGAAGCCUUGUGCUCUGUUUUCGACCUGCUGGAGAUGCAGAAUCCCGAUCUUGUCACCGACAAGUGGAGUGUCGUGGAACGGUAUCCUCUAGAUCCAUGUGACAGUGAGUGCUCCAAGUACGACCAGGUCACCGAUUUGUGCGAUAACCAAGUUCUAGAGUUAUAUAUCGACGAGGAGAGUAAGAACCGCAUAUCGGAAACCUGUUCCAAGCUAAAAUACUGUUGGUGGCAACUUAAAUUUCAUUUUGAUUGUUAGUUUAUCUCGAAAUUCUUUGUCAACUUUCGAUACUCUAAAUUUCUGAACUCUUUCCGA